AUGGCCGACUCCAAGGAAUCGCUGCUCAACAGCAGCAAGACCGACAUCCCCGCGGACCCUCCCAGCUAUGAAGCCGCUACUGCAACUGCUCCUGCCCGUCCGUCGCUGCCCCGUCCGCCGCCCCUCGCCCUGCCCGUGCUGGAGAGCCUGCGAUCGAAACGGGUGAUCCUGGCCUCGGCUUCACCACGCCGGAAACAGAUCAUGUCGCUCCUGGGGCUGCCGAACAUCGAGGUCAUUCCGUCGACGGAGCCCGAGGAUCUGCCCAAGACUAUGGCGCCCUUCGAGUACGUCCUGGCGACGGCGACCAAGAAGGCGCAGUCCGUGUACCGGCGGGAGAUCGUCAACGAGGAGAAAGGUGAGCCGGCGCUGAUCCUGGCGGCGGACACGAUCGUCGUCGACCCGACGACGGGGUUGAUCCUGGAGAAGCCGCGCUCCGAGGCCCAGCAUGUGGCGAUGCUCAAGGACCUGCGCGAUAUCCGAGACCACAAAGUGUACACGGCCAUCGCCGUCAUGGUGCCGCUGGCGAGUGCGCGCCAGCCCGGCUACGCGCUCGAGACCGCCGUCGAGGAGACGGAGGUGCGGUUCGAUAGCGAAGUGACGGAUGACUUGAUCCUGGCCUAUGUGCGAACGAGAGAAGGCGCCGACAAAGCCGGUGGCUAUGGCUUGCAGGGGCUGGGCUCCAUCCUCAUCGAGAAGAUCAACGGGAGCUACGACAACGUUAUCGGGCUACCCUUGAAAACGACGCUGAAAUUGAUCGAGAAGGCCAUGGCCAAAGCAGACGAUGACGACAGGCUUGAUGGGGAGGGUUCCCUGAUUGACGAGAACGACGACGAUGAUGACUGA